GUAACUGACAUAUUUGCAAAGGAAUGUGCAAGAGUGAAAGGCUGCAUUCUGCAAGUAGUUCAGUCAGACGAUCUAUCUUUCUGCGACCAGGUGAAAGUGCUCACCAACACCGAUAUUGUUGCGUCUCCAUGUGGAGCACAGUUAACGAAUAUGCUCUUCAUGGACCGCGAGAGCAGCGUGAUGGAAUUCUAUCCAAAAGGAUGGUUAGAGUAUGCUGGCUCAGGCCAAUAUGCUUACCACUGGAUGGCAAAUCAAUCAGGGAUGAAACAUCAGGGUGCAUGGUGGGAUCCAAUGGGAAAGGAGUGUCCAUCCCCCAAAGAUCGUCUGCAGUGCUUUCUUUUUCAUAA